AUGGAAACACCGACAACGAUUCAUCACCUCUGCACAGAUAUUUGGCAAGAAAUAUUUCAAUAUUUUAAUGCACUUGAGGUAUUGUACAGUUUCACGCAUUUAACUAAUGCCGCUGAUGCACUAUUAUUUAAUGAACAUCAUCGGCUGUAUUUACGAGGACUAGUUGUCGAUCGUUGCACACGAAGACUUCCGGAAAACAAAUGUUUAAGUCGAAUCAUAUCACUCGAACUGCAUGAAAACAAAUAUGUCGAAGAUAUACGGCCGUACUCAGAAGUUCGUUCAUUAAAACUUAUCGGAGAUGCUCAAUGGAUCAUAAAUGUUCUGAUAAAAGCCUCGAACACUGUUUCAAAACUCGAACGAUUAGUUUUGAUUAUACCUGGUGUUGGUUUGCUAUACGAUUUACUCGCAUCUACCUCGACAUUGCUAUCACUACGUCGGUUGGCUAUACAUGCAGAAGACGUGGAAGAAAGAGUAAAAACUGCUACUUCAUUAUUACUCAGAGAAACUGAAAUAGAACAAUUUACGUUGCAUUCAUGCUCUUCAAUUACCUGGUAUGAUUUAGCACACAUGUCUCACUAUUUCCAUAAUGUUCGCUUUCUCGACAUUACUUUGUUUGACGUCAACAGAAAUCCCUUUAUGUCAUACGAUCUUCCAAAGCUUCGCUCCAUUUCUCUCACACUCGUCGAAGUUCCAUUUGAUUCAAUUAUCCAAUUCGUAGCAACAACACCGGUCCUAGUGAAGAUCAGAUUGAAUGGUCUCGCAAAUGAUCAAGGUUAUGUCGUCAAUAACAAAUGGCGAAGCCUAUUCCAAUUCUGUCCUUCACUGAUUAAAGUUACUGUAAACCUCUCUUUAGAACAAGACACAAAUUCUUUUUACAAUGAUAUAAUUCAAGCAGCUCUACAAGAAUUUAAUUUGGAAUUAAAGUGCCUUGACGAUGACAAUGAAUACUAUUGUGGUGGAACUUGUCAACGUCGUUGGUGGAAUUUAUCAGGAAUAAUCAUCAAAAACGAUAAAUACAUUGAAGGAAAAAAUUCGAUACUGUAA